AUGAAGCUCAGCCGCCUCCUUGCCCUUUGCCUCACCCUCUGCCUGGUGGGCUUGGCCAGCUCAGGAAAGACCUCAGCCAAUCUUCAGCAAGAGGCUUCCCAGGAGUUGCUCCGAACUCCCCCUGCCCUCUGCCAGCUCCCCGCAGUGAGGGGCCCUUGCAAAGCCUCUUUGCACCGAUACUUCUACAACUCUACGUCCAUUGAGUGUGAGCCCUUUACCUAUGGUGGUUGUCAGGGCAAUGCCAACAAUUUUGAGACCACAGAGAUCUGUGUGAGGGUCUGCAAACCCCCUGGUGAGUCCUCUGAUGGAAAUAGGAGGAGUAAUGGAGGUGACAGCAUGCUGGGCAUGUGA